AUGCUGAGCUGUCAACGCAUUGCAGCAGUGGUCCUGGUGGCGCUGGUCGCCUUGACCUCGACAGCGAUUGCCGAUCAAGACUUCCGUGGCCAGAUCCAACCCAACGAGGAGCUCGCCCAGUUGAUGAACCUGGGGCCCAACACACGCGUCCUACUCCACGCCAUCCCGCCUGAAUCCGCUGCGACUACAACUGAUAGCCGAGACAAGGUUGUCGCCGACUCGAUCGCCACAGAGACCAAGCAGUCGCUCGACCUGUCUGCGUUCGGCCAGCACCGCGAUCGAUCGACAUUGGUCGCCAUUGACGGCAGCUUCAUCUUCCGUGACCUGCAACAGGGUGCUUACACGCUCGAGCUUGUAUCGCGGACGCACAGCUUCCAGAAGUACCGCAUCGAUAUUCUUGACCCAGCGCUUGGCAAGGCGCCUCAGAUUCGCAUCUUCACACCUGGCACGUCCCUCGUCUCGAUUCGCUCGUCGAACUUGAUCUUCCACCCGCUCAUUCUCCACGCGGUCAAGCGCGUCGACUACUACACCGAGGCAGCACCUCUGACCAUCAGCUCGCUCCUCGGCAUGGGUGGACCCAUGAUGCUCCUCCCUCUCGCUGCCAUGGGCAUGAUCUUCAUCCUCCCCAAGCUCACCGCCUCGCUCGACCCGGAAGCGCAAAAGGAGCUCGCCGAGUCGCAGAAGCGCAUGCAGAAGCGCAUGGCUGCUGUUCAGUCCGGUGACAUGUCCGGGCUGCUCUCGGGCGACGAGAAGAAGGGUCAGGACAAGAACAGCAAUUCAGCACGCGCACAGCGCAAAUGA